GCUUGAUUAAAAUACAAAGUUGAGUGAGUAACAUUUUUUGUGUUACGUUGUUCGCAGUUUCCCACUUUCCCCUCUUUAAUUGCAGCACUACGAAACCUUUGUGUCCGCAAAACGUUCCAUAUGAUCCCAACAACACAAAUUAACAAACCCGUGAAUCACUCUCAUUCCAACAUGAAUCUCUCUCUGACUUUCAGAUUCCGGUCAGAGAUCCUUUCACAACUUCAUUUCACACCGAUAUCUCCGAUCAAGCACCCCUUAAAGAAGCAAGAACUUCACUUUUCAACCAACCACAAGGGAUCAAAACCCAUGAACAGAAAACUCACGGUGACAGCAAAGAAAGCAUCCAUUGAAGGUGUGAGUGAAGAGUUAAACUCCAUAGCUUCUUAUAAUCUUGACUUCGCUUACUCGCGCAGAAAGGUCCGUGCAGCCUUCAUUGAAGUUCAUCAGCAGCUGGAUCACUGCUUGUUCAAGAAUGCUCCUGAAGGGAUCAGAGCCGAAGAGUGGUACGAGAGGAAUUCUAGGGGAUUGGAAAUUUUCUGUAAGAGCUGGUUGCCACGGCCAGGGGUUCCGAUUAAGGCCUCUGUAUGUUUCUGCCACGGAUAUGGCGAUACUUGCACCUUCUUCUUUGAAGGUAUAGCCAGGAGAAUUGCAUCAUCUGGAUAUGGUGUUUAUGCUAUGGACUAUCCAGGUUUUGGCCUUUCAGAAGGAUUACAUGGAUACAUACCAAAUUUUGAUGAUUUAGUUGAUGAUGUUAUCGAGCAUUAUAGAAGAAUUAAAGAAAGGCCUGAGCUGAGAGAGUUGCCUCGAUUUAUAUUGGGUCAGUCAAUGGGAGGAGCAGUUUCUAUUAAAGUUCAUUUGAAGGAGCCAAAUAAUUGGGAUGGAAUGAUCCUUGUAGCACCAAUGUGUAAAAUUGCAGAUGAUGUGAUGCCAUCUGAUGCAGUUAUGAAGGUAUUAACUCUUUUAUCGAAGGUGAUGCCAAAAGCAAAACUGUUCCCAAACCAAGAUCUAGCAGAGCUUGCCUUCAGGGAACCAAGCAAAAGAAAAUUGGCUGUUUACAAUGUCAUUUGUUAUGAUGAUAAUCCGCGACUGAAAACCGGUAUGGAGCUUUUACGAACCACAAAAGAAAUUGAAUCACAAGUACAGAAGGUUUCGGCUCCAUUAUUGGUUAUUCAUGGAGGAGAUGAUAAGGUGACGGAUCCAUUGGUGAGCCGGUUUCUUUAUGAGAGUGCGUCUAGCAAGGAUAAGACUCUAAAGAUUUAUGAAGGUGGUUAUCACUGCAUUCUAGAAGGUGAACCUGAUGAGAGAAUUUUUGCUGUACAUGAUGACAUUGUGUCUUGGCUUAAUUCUAGGUGUUCAACUAAGUGAUGUCCUCACCAUGGAAUAUGUCCACCGUUUUCAUGUUAUGUCAUUCUUCAAAUAAUGUAACAAUUCUGUGACUUCUAAUCAAGAAAUUCUAGAAGUCGUUGGUCUGGAAUAAAGAGUAGGUGUCAUUCUAGGAACGCCUCUUCAAUCUCUUUCACAUUUUCAUGUAUUAUUCAUCUUGGAAUGAAUAAAUUAUAUUGAUCCAAA